CGUACAUACUCUUCUCAAACACAUUAAACCUCUAUUAUUUCCUGCGAUCUUGGGAUCUUUACGGACUAACCUUUGAUAGGGAAGAUGUUGGGGCUCCACAGGACGGUACCUUCCCCGGUGGAACUUGUACUCUACGGGAAGGAUAACCGGCCUCAGGACUUUUCUAUCUUGAUCAACAUGAAAUCAUAAGUCGUGCGGGGAUGAAAUGGGAGAAGCUAUUUCUCCCUCCGACUGUGGGGCCCUACAAUCUAUGCCUACUGAGUCCGAUCAUUUGAACGCUAUUGGAUGGACUUGCAUUGACUCUAUAAAAGCCCCCGAUGUCCAGGAACAUGCAGCCCAACGGAUUACAACCCGUGCCCCUAUACUCGUUCCUAGCGAAAUGGAUAUCUCCGAAGUACAUGACCUAGAAGAGGACCGUGACCAGAAAGAUGACGACGAGAAAGACAACCACGAGCUUGCAGUAAAGCGUACCCAAACAACAAACCACGAUGGCGUGUUUGGAGAAAUCACAGAAGAAGGGCCAAACUACCGCAAUGUGGGUUUUAUUGGAACCGCUGUUCUGAUGGCGAAGUCACAAAUUGGACUGGGAAUUCUUUCGAUCCCAUCCGCAUUCAAUGCCCUGGGUAUGGUCCCGGGGGUCAUCUGUCUUCUUGUCAUUUCCGGUAUAACAACGUGGUCCGGCUACGUGAUUGGCACCUUCAAGCUGAACCACCGUGAAGUAUAUGGGAUUGAUGAUGCGGCAGGUUUGAUUGCUGGUCCAAUUGCUCGGUGGUUCUUAGGGGCUGUAUUCUGUGUUUACUGGAUCUUCGUCAGCGCAUCCGGCAUACUGGGACUGUCAAUCGGCCUCAAUGCAGUCUCUACACAUGGCAUAUGCACUGCCGGGUUUGCGGCUAUUGCCGCCAUUCUUGGAUUCAGUGGAAGCAGCAUACGAACGCUUGGACACAUCACUUGGCUAGCCUGGGUUGGACUUCCAUGCAUUUUGGUUGCAAUUAUGGUGGUCACAAUCGCCGUCGGUGUCCAAGAUCGCCCUGCAGCUGCGCCUAAGACUACCCUACCGUGGCAUUCUGAUUUCAAGCUUUUCGGCAGCCCAUCUUUUGCAGAGGGUAUCGCGGGUAUAUGCAAUAUUUUGUUUGCUUUCUCGGGCACACCGGGGUUUUUCGCUAUUGUAUCUGAAAUGCGCAAUCCUCGCCAGUACGCACAAGCCCUGCUCGUCUGUCAAGCCGGCGUGACCUCUAUAUACUUGGUCAUUGCCUGUGUUGUCUACUACUACUGUGGUUCAUAUGUUGCCUCGCCAGCUCUUGGAUCCGCUGGUGGGCUUGUGAAGAGUAUUUCAUAUGGAUUUGCCAUUCCGGGGUUGAUUGUUACUUCUACAAUUGUGACCCAUAUUCCAGCAAAGUACAUUUUCGUCCGCCUCCUCCGCGGCUCCCGCCAUCUGAACCGCAAUACACCGACACACUGGAUCUGCUGGUUGAGCUGCACUGGCGGCAUUACCAUCAUUGCAUACAUUAUCUCCAGCACAAUACCUGGCUUUGACGCCCUGACUUCCCUGAUUGGUGCACUUCUCGGAACAAUUCUAUGCUUCCAACCGUACGGUUGCAUGUGGAUAUAUGACAACUGGGCUAGAGGAAGACACAGCUCUAAAAGUUGGCUACCGAUGGUCUGUUUUAGCAUCUUUGUCAUAGUGAUAGGAUCAUUUCUGACUGUUGCUGGCACUUAUGGAACUGUGCUCGGGGUUAUAGUGGCUUCUGGAGAGUUGUCCCCUUUUACCUGUGCUGAUAACUCGAAUUCUACGUGA